CGUUUCGUCAUUUUGGCGCAAGAUGGCGGACUCUAGUUCAUCAAAGUUGGCCGAACAGGCUUAUUCGGACGAAAUUUCAUUCAAAUCGAAUAUGCUUUUCCCCAUGCCCCUGGAAGAAAACGAAAAUUUAGACUCGUUAAAUGAUGAAACGUUUGGCUCAGGAUCAUUCGAUAGUGAAUGGGUAGAUUCAGAUAAACCUGAUAAGAUGGUUGAUGAAUUUGAGCAAUGGAAGAAGCAGCAAAAGGCAAUAUCUAAGAAGGGUAUCCCACUUGAUGAGGCACCCUUGCAGAUUCCAAGUGAGGAAAAAAUGGCACAAGCUAUUUCAAAAUUGGAUAAUCUUGGCAUCGCAACUCCCAAACUGGAGCAAGAAGACCCUCUCCCAAAUGCUCAUGCUAUAGAGGCUUUAUGGCCCACCUCACCAAAACAUAGUAGCAACAUUGUUUCACCUGACCACUCACCUUACCACAUGACUGAUUUGCUUUCUCCAACUCACAAUAUCUGGGGAUCACCUACAAGUGAUGAAAAAAUUUCCAUUGACAUGGACGAAAAGCUCGCAGAUCACACGAAAAACUGUCUUGAUCAAGAAGAUAAUAGAAAACCAUUUUCCCCUGUUCUGGAGGACGAGGCCAUAGUUUCGGCCCUUCCGAAGAGAAUAUCGAAGCCAAUACGUGUGGAAGACGUAGAAAAGAUGGGUUUUGGUCACCAGGUUAAUCAGUUACCACCUCAUCUCCGGCCGUUUGCGAAUGGUGUACCCAAGGUCAGACCUCCUCCAGGAUUCCCUCCAAAUAUGAACCCCCGGAGUCCAUUUCCAAUGCACCCACCCGGUCCCUAUGGCCCCCCUCCUAUUCCCGCAGUUCCUCAAAAUGUUGCUCAGGCACAAGCUCAGGCGUUAUACACAGCUAUGAUGAAUCAAAGGAUGCCUUUCCCCCAACCUUUCCCCCGCACACCGCCUUCUCAACCACCACACUUCCCGCGACCUGUUUAUCACUCCGAUCCAGGUCAUUUAAGGCAGCGAGGUCCACCGAUGCCAAUACCUCACCAACACGGUCGCUUUAUCACUCCCCAGCCACGAAACACCUGGAACAAUCAGCGUGUUGGCCGUAACCAAGACAACCGUAGGCGUCAGCAAAAUUUCUCGGAAUCCCCUGGUUUGAAAUACAUCCCACAAUACUACGUGAGCAGCGAUGAUGACGAUGAGGGUGAUAAAGGGACACUGAUGACCGCUAAAGAGAAAGACUGGAUAAUUAGGAUACAAUUGAUGCAAUUGACAAGUGAUAAACCAGAGUUGGAUGACUAUUAUUUUCAUACCUUUGAGAGACGUCGUUUGGCUAAAGAGAGAUCUCAAAGUACAACUGGAGUGGAACUGGAAACAAACCAUACUAAUAAGGAUAUAAAGAUGACUUUACCUCACGUCACUAAAGGCGAUCACAACUACAAACCAACCAAGUUUGAAGGAUCUCUCGGUCAAGUUUCCGUCGGCUCUGUUUUUCAUCCACGCGAGGUCGUUCAAGUUGGUGAUUCAGGAAAGCCUAAAGGACCUGUUGGCUCUUUAAAAGAAACCAAAAAGAAAUACCAAUUGCUCUUAACAAUUGAAAAGGGCUUUGAUCAAAUUCUACCAAUAGAGGACUUAGAACGCAUGGUUCUUCAAGUACCACAAGACGUCAGACCACAGUUGCGUGAGAGACGUGAAAGAUUGUGCCAACGUUGCUUUGACUUGGUGAAUUUAACGCCAUCAAAAGACUCUAAUAAGAAAUACGAUGAUGAUACGUUAAUACAAAUGCUCUCAGUGAGAAAAGGAAGACGAUUUCUCAGCAAAAUACUCCGUCUUGUCAGAGAGAACCAAAGAAAUGAGAUUGCUCUUGCGAUCACAAGAAAUCUACGGGUAUUUGCGAAAAAAAAUGUUCAUCAAGAAGAAACAGACAGCUUAUGUGAUGGUGUUUCAGACGUGAUCAGGUCGUCACCUGACAGAAUCAUCGAACAUCAUCACAAUGUUGUUGGCAACGACAAUUCCGUCAUACAUUUAUUCUCUAGUAGGUUCACGUUAAGAAUUCUUACCAUUUUGUUAAAAACAUUGUCUGAACUUUCAAAAAAUAUUGGCGAAAACAGUUUACAAAUACAAACAGUGUGGCUUUCGUUUCUUUCUGUUGUCUGUCAAGAUUUUGUUUCGUCUUCUCCAAAAGUAUUGAUUAAGAAUUACACCGAUGUUCAAAAUAUUGUUGAUAUAUUGUCGAAUAAUGUUGAUGAUGAUAAAUUGUUGGUGAUUCGAGAACAUUUCCGGCUUCUUGAAAAUGCUGAUAUUCGUUCACCCCAGAGAUAACUACUGUUUGAGAAGUGAAUUUAAAUUUGGUAACUCGAUAUAUUGUAUAUAUUUAUGUGAAUACUUUUGUGCGUUAUUUUGUGUGAUGUUCGUCCCACGAUGAAUUACCAUUUCGUUGAUAGCAAUGCAAUCUUAGAUAAUUGUAAUGUUCUGUGAUCCCCACGGAACGCAUGAUUGUUCUAAGGUAGACCUUACAAAACACAAAAAUGUUAGAUUUUGAAAGGAAUUUGGGUGUUAAUUCAAACGGUGAACUCUAAGGGAACUGGAAAGAUAUAAUUACUGCCAUCUUUGAGGAAAGUGCCAUCCACCUCUCUAUUGUUCUCAGCUGUGCGGUUGCGAUGGAGUGCAUCAGAAAUUCAUUUUGAGUUCACUGAAUCGCACCAUUAAUUGGGACAAAAUCCAGCUAGUCGAACCACGAGUAAAAGGCCUGGAACUAGCGAAAUGAUGAAAUCCCAUUUUGCUUAAAUCAAUGAAGGGAAUAUCAUUCUCUUAAUGUCGUAACAGUCUUCAAUGAAAGUUGUGGAAACUCUGUAAUUAUGCAGGAAUGAUCGGAGUUGUCUGCGGUUGUAAGUUUAAAAAGCAAAAUAUUGUUUUAAAAAGAAAAAUUGAUUUCUAUUAGCAACUUGUUCCAGUUCUUUUCCGUGGUUUCAAGUCACAUGGAUUUUAAGCCUGGCUUUCAUACAACAUAAUUUGUUGUAAUUCGUUAUUAUUUGAAAACGGAAUAACAACAAAUUAUAUAACAUAUGAAUUAUGAAAAAUUAUGUUAUCUGAGAACCAGCCUUUAAUAAUUUCGACGAACUUGAAACUCUCGUCGAUUUUUAAAACGUGCUAUUACAUAACGUACUAUUGCAUACAUGGCUAGUGCAUAAUUUAUUACUAUUUAAAAACUGACGGUGCUAUUGAUAAAAUAAUCUGAAUAUACUACACCACCUGACAAUAAUAUAGAGAUACAGUCAAAAACAUUAGGGUGGUAUUAAACAAUUUAUUCAAAAUGUUUUUGUAACGGUUUUUGUGAGAAAUUAAAUAAUGUUGCGUGAAAAGUACGCAUACAAAGA